AUGUCUAUAUUAAUAUAUAUUUUUAAUCAAAAUCAGAAAAUAAUCGGUGCUGAUAAAGAAGAAAAUGACUUUUUAAAUAAUGGAAUAGAAUACGUAUUAGUAGACAAGAUAGAAAACAUAAAAAAAGAUAUGCGUACUCAAAAUAAGAAAGAAUAUGUGGAAGAUUAUGGUAUUAUAACAAAAAACAAUGAAUGUAGAAUACAAAACAGAAACAGAGACUUUAAUGAUCAUACUAUAUUAGAAAAUGAAUACUUAGUUUCACUAUUACAAAAUAUAAGCAUUGAACAUUUAGAUAUUGAUACUAUGAUAGAUGAUCAUAUGCUUGAACACAAUGAAGAAACAUGUACAAUAAAUUAA